CUGGUUUUGACACUCAUAACUAUUGCCACGUAUUUUUUAAAUAGAAACCCUAGGAUAUAAACAUUUUUAUACGUAAAAAUGGAAGGAUCCUUAUUGGAACCAACUCUUUAUACUGUAAAAGGUAUUCUUAUCUUGGAUAAUGAUGGGCAAAGAAUUCUUGCAAGAUACUAUGCUAAAAACAUAUUCCCAACUCCAAAAGAACAAAAAGCCUUUGAAAAAAACCUAUUUAACAAAACUCAUCGUGCAAAUGCAGAAAUUAUAAUGCUUGAUGGCCUAACAUGUGUAUAUAGAAGUAAUGUUGAUUUGUUCUUUUAUGUUAUGGGUAGUUCUCAAGAAAAUGAGUUAAUUCUAAUGAGUGUACUAAAUUGUUUAUAUGAUACUGUUAGUCAAAUACUUAGGAAGAAUGUCGAAAGAAGGGGUGUUUUGGAUUAUUUAGAUAUUAUAAUGUUGGCAAUUGAUGAAAUUUGUGAUGGGGGCAUAAUUUUGGAUGCCGACCCUAGCUCGGUAGUAUCUAGAGUGGCAUUAAGAGGUGAAGACAUUCCUUUAUCAGAGCAAACUGUAGCACAGGUAUUUCAAUCUGCAAAAGAACAACUAAAAUGGUCAUUGCUUAAAUAGGAUUAUGUAUGUUCAUAUUUUAAUUAUCCUUGUAAGUUUAUAUUAUUUAAAUAGUAUUUAAAUGUGAAAUUAAUUAAUGUAUUUUCAAUC